CAAAAUUUAUGAGGAAUUGUUUUGUUCUAUAAUUCUCUACAAACAAAGGAAUGAAGAGAAAUGAAAAAGAAAACCUAUUCUUCAUAAAUGGUAAAAAGUUCAAGGAAUAUUAAGGAACAUAGUGUUCUUCGUUGUUCCCUUGGUCACCAUUCACAAUGUGAAACUGAGCGGUGCUGUAACUUGACUUACUCUUAGAUGAAUUAAUUAACUUGGAUGAAGAAACUGAACGUGUAACAUGUUCUUGACUCUUGAGAAGCCACAGACAGUAGGUUUUAUCUUGAAAAGAUUCUCCUUAUCUUGCUUUUCUUCUUCUUUUUCCUUUUUCCUUUUUUUUAUUUCUUAUUGGAAUCUCCAAUAAUGAUGCCUGCUUGAAUGUCAUUGGUCUAUGUGAUUUUAGUGCUAGUCUUCAAAGGCAUGUUCAUGGAUGUGGCGGCCAUGUUUUAUUGCCUUGAUGGGUAGUAAAAGAGUAGAUCAUUCCCUAUCGUCUCUCUUACAAAAUAUUCGUUGAGACAUGGUAACAUAAUGGUGAAGCUGGAGGAAUAAUGCAGUCUGUAAGUUUGUCGCCAUUGCAACUUGACAGAGUUCUGGCAUCUUAACAGUAUGUGAAAGAGCUAAACACAAUUUCUAAAACAUAGUUAUCACUCGAAUAGUUUGCAUGUGACUUUACAGAAAGACAAAGAACAUCAAGUUGAUAGAGAGGGAUGGUAACUUAAGACUUUUCGCCACUCAAUGACAAAAUCGCAAGACUUAUUAUGUUGAAGUCACUGCCCAUAUAUAUGUCCCACUACGGCAGAACCAAAAAUCUUCCUUGAAAGAUUAAAACAUCAGCACCUUCCUCUUCUUAAGUCUUCUAAUAGAGACAAAAGACCACUCCUAUAAUAACUUACUUCUCGUACUAGAUAUCUUCCAAAGAGAAACAACAAAGCAAAACUAGAACUUCUCUGUUUCACUUAGUAGUUAUGGUGGUUCUACUGAACUCACAUCCUUGUUUUGUUCUUCUUCUUCUUCUUGCAGCAUUCUAUUGCUUCUCUCUGAGCCUAUGUUUCGGCGAAGACAGACUCACCUUCUCAACUCCGAUCAAAGACUCAGAGUCAAAGACACUUCUCUGCAAAAAGGGUAUUUUCAGGUUCGGUUUCUUCACUCCUGCAAACUCCACUUCUCGCUUACGUUAUGUUGGGAUUUGGUACGACAAGAUUCCAGUUCAAACUGUGGUUUGGGUCGCCAACAGAGACGCUCCCAUCAACGACACUUCCGGUGUUGUUUCCAUCUCUGACGACGGGAACCUCGUGGUUACCGAUGGUAGAAACCGCAGUAUAUGGUCUACCAACGUCACAGUACCAGUAGCUCCAAAUGCUACUUGGGUCCAGCUAAUGGAAAACGGGAAUCUUAGGCUACAAGACAACAGAAACAACGGCGAGAUCAUAUGGGAGAGUUUCAAGCACCCCUAUAGCUCUGUGUUGCCAAGAAUGAGUCUCUUGAUCAACAGUAAAACCGGAGAAAACAUCGGUCUUACUUCUUGGAGAAGCUACACAGAUCCUUCAACAGGGAACUACACAGUUACUCUUGUCGCUUUCCCGUUUCCUGAGCUUCUAAUCAGGAAGAACAGUGCUACACAGUGGCGUAGCGGUCCCUGGAACGGUCAGGUUUUCAUCGGUUUACCGGAUAUGGAUUCCCUUCUGAACAUUGAUGGGUUUAACCUCAAUAAUGAUAACCAAGGAACGGUUUCGUUGAGCUAUGCUAAUGACUCCUUCAUGUAUCACUUCAACUUGGAUCCUAAUGGAGCUAUAUAUCAAAGAGAUUGGAGCACUUCUAUGAAUGAUUGGAGAGUCGGUGUUAGGUUCCCAUCCACAGACUGUGAUGAAUACAGUAGAUGUGGUCCUUAUGGGAGCUGCAAUUACCGGGAAGAUCCGCAGUGCAAGUGCAUACAAGGUUUUGUGCCGAGGAAUAGCACAGAGUGGAGUGUAGGAAACUGGAUUAGUGGAUGUGUGAGAAGAGCUCCACUACGGUGCGAAAGAGUCAAGAAUGGAACUAGUAACGGAGGAAAAGAAGAUUGGUUUUUGAAAGUGCAGAAGAUGAAAGUACCAGUGAAUGUGCAACCGUCUUUAGCUAAUGCCCAAGCUUGUCCUAAGGUUUGUUUAGAUAACUGUUCUUGCACAGCUUAUGCAUAUGAUCAAGGCAUUGGAUGCAUGCUUUGGAGCGAUAGCUUGGUUGAUAUGCAAUCAUUCUUGGGAAGUGGCAUUGAUCUUUAUAUUCGACUCUCGCAUUCUGAACUCAAAGCACAUAGCAAGAGAGCAAUAAUGAUCACAGCACUUGUGCUAGGCGUUGUGUUUGUUUCUGCGGUUUGUGUUCUUUUAGCAUGCCUGAAACUCAAAAAGCGUCCAGGAGAACCAAAGAAAGAUAGAAGCGUAGAGCAAUUGUUAAAGAGAAUGGAAGAAGUUAACAGUGGUGUUGAGCCUGCUUCUAACCAAGUUAAGCUAGAGGAGCUUCCGCUCUUUGAGUUUCAAGUGUUAGCUACAGCAACUGAUGACUUCUCUCUCAGAAGCAAGCUCGGACAAGGCGGAUUUGGUCCUGUUUACAAGGGAAAGUUACCUGAAGGGCAAGAAAUAGCAGUGAAGAGGCUCUCAAGGGCAUCAGGACAAGGACUUGAGGAGCUUAUGAACGAAGUGGUUGUGAUUUCGAAGUUGCAACAUAGGAAUCUGGUGAAGUUACUUGGUUGUUGCAUUGAAGGAGAAGAAAGGUUGCUAGUCUACGAAUAUAUGCCAAAGAAAAGCUUGGAUGCCUAUCUAUUUGAUCCUUUGAAGCAAAAGAUUCUUGAUUGGAAGACUCGGUUCAACAUAAUGGAAGGAAUAUGCAGAGGUCUUUUGUACCUUCACAGAGAUUCAAGACUAAGGAUCAUACACAGAGAUCUAAAAGCCAGCAACAUUUUGUUAGAUGACAACCUGAAUCCUAAAAUAUCUGAUUUCGGGCUUGCAAGAGUUUUCCGAGCGAAUGAAGAUGAAGCUAACACAAGAAGGGUUGUAGGGACAUACGGCUACAUGUCACCGGAAUAUGCAAUGGAAGGUUUAUUUUCAGAAAAAUCAGACGUUUUCAGCUUGGGGGUUAUACUUUUAGAGAUCAUAAGCGGGAGAAGAAACUCUCACAAGGAAGAGAAUCAUCCAAACCUUUUAUCUUAUGUGUGGACGCUGUGGAAUGAGGGUGAGGCUGCUUCUCUAGCAGAUCCAAACGUCUUUGAUGAGUCUUUCGUGAAAGAGAUAGCAAAUUGUGUUCAGAUUGGUUUGUUGUGUGUGCAAGAAGUUGCUGACGAUAGACCGAAUGUUUCAACUGUGAUCUGGAUGCUAACAACUGAGAACAUGAACCUCCCUGAGCCGAAGCAGCCUGCGUUUAUAACAAGAAGAGAAAAGUCUGAGGGUGAAUCUUCUAACCAGAGUAGUCAAAAGGUCUCUAUCAAUGAUGUGAGCCUCACAUCUGUUACAGGGCGUUAAGCUCACAAAUCCAAUCUGAUUAUGUAUAAUUAAAAAGGUUUGAAUAAGUUUGGCUAAUAAUUAAGUGUGUUGAUUAAAAAUGUGUGGAGUGUUAUAAGUCGAUAUAGACAUUAUGAUCUGUGUUGAAUAAGUUGUAAGACUCUAAAGAAUAUGUAUGCUAAUAUAAUACAUAUAAGGUUGGAGAAACUCA